AUGCUCACUAGACGCGAUGAGCAGACGGCACUCCUCCGUGAGCUCGUGGCGCAGGGCAGAGCGCCGCAGCCUGAGCAUCGCCACCAGCCACCUAUCCCUGGAUAUGAGGGAUUUCUGAGCACCCAACUGCCGUUGUUUCAUAAAGCAGAUGAGCCACUGGAAGCAGAUAGCUGGCUCCGGACCAUAGAGUCCAAAUUCACCCUACACCCGUACAAUGAUGGGGACAAGGCAGGAUUUGCUGCUCAGCAGCUUAGGGGCCUUGCACGCACAUGGUGGAACAAUCAUGUGGCUAUGUUUCCGGCGGGCACUCGAUUCACCUGGGCGGAGUUCAAGAACGCCUUUAGAACACAUCACGUCCCUGCAGGGGUCAUUCGCAGGAAGCUCACUGAGUUCUUGGCCCUGAAACAGGGUAACAACAGUGUCCUACAGUAUGCCCAGGUCUUCGGCAAUUUAUCGCAGUAUGUGGACUACCACGUGGACACAGAUGAGAAGAAGCAGGCUUGCUUCAGGCAGGGGCUCAGCAGUAAGCUCCAAGAUCGCCUGACUAUGGUCAAGUUUGACACCUUUAGUGAGCUGGUCAAUGGUGCUAUCAUUCAAGAAGAUGCCCACUUGGCUCACAAAGCAGAGAAGAAGAGAAAGACGCCGGCGGCGGGAUCUUCGAGCAGUACUCCCCAGAGAUUUCGCUUGGUGCAGUUGGGCCCACAGCAUGCCCCCUUUCAGCACCAGCCACCGUAG